CCGCCGGGUAAACAGUGGAGAUUCUGCUCAUGGUUUAUAAAAUGGCCAAAAGUGGCAUUUCAAGUGCUAAAAAGCCGCGCAAGAAACGUCAAUCGAUAAACUUUUUGACCCCAAGAGAAAGAUCAAAGCCAAAAGAAAAGACCACUCCGGAAAAUGGAGACCAAGACUCGCAAUAUGGAGACUCAGAUAUGGACUUAUCGUCAGGUAAUAAAAGAAUCAAAAUAGUUUCUUCGACACCGAAAUCAUCGCCAACAGGACAUCGAGAUGACAGUAGCUCGGAAAGCGUUUUAAAGACUCCAGUAGCUCGGGAAAAGAAGAAAACCAGUGGGAGGCCUGCUCACACGACUGUGAUCACGACAGAAAAUGAUAACCAUGACAUUACGAAGGAAAUUGCCAGAAAACCUGCGACCGAUAAAGGAGGACAGGAAAAGGAAAUGAAAACAAGCACGAAGACUAAGAAAAGGAAACGACCUUCAGUCAAUUUUGUUGCUUACAAAGAACGAAGACGAGUUAGUCACCACCAAUCUAAUACAGGGCAUACCCUCAAAAGAGGGGAAAAUGUCGAUAGUGAUGCCAAAGCAUUUAACAGCUCAGUAUCAAGUAUCAGCAGACUUUCUAAUAACCAUAUCAGUAAGUUGUCGGAUAGCUGCUCCGACAGUCAAUCGAUAGAACAUUCGACAGGUGUUCUGGUGUCAUCCAAAACCAGUCAAAAACGGAAAAUGGCUGGUGAAAAGGAACUGCAGGCUACACCCGGUCGUGAAGCAAAAAAACGCAAAACGUCAAAGACUGCUUCUCCAGCAAACUCCUCUCUCACUCCAACAUCCUCAAGUACCAGAGGCAGACCUAAAUCAAGGAAGUCGUCGGGAAUACAUACGGCUCUAGAUCGAAUAAGGGAUCUUAAAGUGACUAAGAAGUCUUUCGAAAAGUGGAAGCCUUUGUCCAAAGUAACAAUAGCGUUCGUGGAGGAUAUCAUGAAAUCUGUGACACUGAGUGUCAUUGCCGAAGCGAAUCUGGAAACUGACGAGGGCGCAGGAAAAUGUCUUGCAACGUUAAAAAGAAGGGUUAUGGAAAGAAUUCCAACUUUGAAGGCACCGCACACGAAAGGAGAUUAUCGAAAAAUGGAAUCAGAGAAUAGAUUAUCUGAAGAUGCUUAUCUUGAAAAGUCAAGGGAGUUGAACAUUUUAAAUAAGAAAAUCGAAGAGGAACAAAAACUAUUGGAUAAACAGACAGCAAUGGUUGGCGAUCUCACGAAACAACUUGAAAAAUUUGAACAUGAGCUGGAAAUUUUAGAAAGAGAUAAGGCCCAUCCAUUAAUUAGACAGUCGAAGGAUGUGCUCAACCUUCCGAUGUUACCGGAUGAUUUCUUCAUCGAGGAUGAGAUCUUUGAACAGAGUUUGGACGAAUUUAAGAGCCCAGAAGAAAGGCAUCUGUGCGAGACUUUGCUGGAUUUGCGACAAAAUAACAAGGAUGCAGACGUGGGUAAAUGGAUGGAGAAAUUAACAGAUUUUGCUAAAGAAUUACAAGAAUAGCGCUGAACCCAGCAAAAGUCAAUUCAAUUCGGGAAUUUUCUUUGGUACAUACCAAAGUGAAAUACAUACAAUACAUACCUGCUCAGUUUUUGUUGAGGAGCAUUUACUUACUGAUACUUUGCGGUGAAACAGUAGCGAACAAUUCAACCCUCGGCCCUGGCUAUACGAAGCUUCAAUUUUUUCUCGGAAGUAAAGCAAAGCAACUGCGAAAGGCGUAAUGGAAGUUUAUUUGCAUGACGGAUUUUAAAAUAUUGUGUAAUGUAUAUAUAACAAUGCAUAUUUUUCUUUGGGUGCUGAUAAAGGU